CCGCCUCCUGCGGUCCCUCCCACUCCGCUCUCCCGGCUCCUGACAUCACGCCCCGGGAGGCAGGAUCGGGGAAGGAGGGGACGUGGGGAGGAGGGAGGGCGCACAGUCCCAGCCCAGAGCUUCAAAACAGCCCGGCGGCCUCGCCUCGCGCCCCAGCCCGUCGGUCGGUCGAGCCGCCAGCGCCCGCGCAUCUCUCUCUCCGGGCUUUGAACGCGAUCCCUCGCCCCGCGGUGCCCUGUGAAAAUGUUGGUGCUUCUGGCUUUCAUCAUCAUCUUCCACAUCACCUCUGCCGCGUUGCUUUUCGUCGCCACCAUCGACAAUGCCUGGUGGGUAGGAGAAGAGUUCUUUGCAGACAUCUGGAGAGUGUGCAUCAACAACACGAAUUGUACAGAAAUCAAUGACACCUUUACGGGUUACUCCAUGCUGCAGGCGGUCCAGGCCACCAUGAUCCUGUCCACCAUUCUCUGCUGCGUCGCCUUUCUCAUCUUCGUGCUGCAGCUCUUCCGCCUCAAGCAGGGAGAGAGAUUCGUCUUAACCUCCAUCAUCCAGCUCAUGUCAUGCCUGUGCGUCAUGAUUGCAGCUGCCAUCUACACAGACCGGCGUGAAGACCUUCACAAAGAGAACCCAAAUUUCUAUCGGCUGAUCUCGGACGGCACAUACGGCUACUCCUUCAUCCUGGCGUGGGUGGCCUUUGCCUUCACCUUUGUCAGCGGCCUCAUGUACCUGAUAUUGAGGAAGCGCAAAUAGAACCCGAGGAGGCAGGUCGCUGUCGCUGCAGUACAGAAUCCACACUCAGAUAACCGUUUUGUAUAUAAUCAUUUUUUUUUCCCCGUGGUUUUUCUAGCAAACGUAUUGUUUCCUUUAAAAGCCAAAAGAAGAGAAGCGUUCGGCAUUCUUGAGAUCACAGAAUGGACUGUGAAGGCUGGAGUUCAGAAUUCCUGCCCGUCCGAGAGUUCAACACGACAAAGCCCCAAAUCCAGCAGUGCUCAGAUCCAAAGCUAUUCCGCCAGAUGUUUCGUAACCACAGGGACGUAAUGUGAUAUGAUGUGACAAGAGACCGAGAAAGCCAGCUCUCGGGGGACGCCUUCCCCUAGGUUUGGGCCACACCAAGCCCCGCUCCCUUCAGCCGUCCUUCCUGAGUCUCUCCGCGUUGGUGGUGGAAGGGGGGGUGAGGGGAUCCUGGUGAAGGAUGAAGCCUCAGAUGUUUAGCCGCGUUCCACGUGAGAAACAGGUCUCGCCCGCCGUGUUCUGUCUGUAUCCAACCCUCCUGUAACGGGCUGGGUUCAGAGAGGGCCCCUCAGGUUCCCCAAGAACAUCACCUGCUGCCUUAGGGGAGGUGAUGAUUGAUCUGGAGGUCAGGCUCCCCCUACUCUCAAUGUGUGAUCCCCGGAACGCCUUGUAAAAUGCAGACUCUCAGGGUCCCUCCCCAGGCCUCCAGAAUCAGGGUCUUCAGGGACGGGGCCCGGGAACCUGCAUUUCUAACAAGCUCCUCCGUUAUGCUUAGAUGUGUUAAAAUUGAAGACCACGGUCCCAGGACCGGACGAGCAGAGCUGCCUCAGAAAUGUUAAAGAUCUCAUGUCGAGGUGGGCGGGUGGGUCUCGACCCCCCUAACCUUGGCCUCCCUCAGCUCUUGGUUCUUCACUGUCUUCCACAGCUGCUUCCAUCUGGACCACCCAGGCUCCAGUCCCAGGCCAGGCAGGCGAUAGCCAGACACCCUGGGGGCAGGGCUGGACAGCCCCACUCUAACACAGAGGCCUCUCCCUUCUCUUCCUGCCCUGCCUUCAUGGCUGGCUGACCUCUGCUAAUCCCCGUUGCAGAGCCUCAGAGGACUCAUCCCCCAUUCAUUCAUUCAUUCAUUCAGUCAUCAAUAUUGAUUAUGGAAUCUUGUGCGCCAGGCACAGGGGCAACCCUGUCGAGACCAUCUCUCUCCGCAUGGGACUCAUAGUCUAAUAGAGGAGAUAGGUUAAAAACCAGUUAGGAAAACUAAUUACAAACAAAAUUGCAAAGAACACAACCAAGGAUUCGAAAGAGAGGCCCACAGGGCGAGAGGGAGCCUGCUUUACCCCUGCUGACUUUUAAAGGCUCCUAGAGGCAUUUAGAUUGGCCUGAAUACCACGCCACUUAGCCUGCGCAGGUGGCAUUCAUCGGGCCGUACCCGUCUUUGUUCCAGCCAGAGAACACUUACUUCCUUGGAGGGUCCCAGGGUCCUGACAGCACGUGAAGCCAUGAGGGGGACCCCAGAUUGCCGUGGUUCUCAAACUUUAGUGGCACAAAUGCCGUCUGGUGGUGGGGGGCGGUUCUGCCUUGCCAGGGACUGGGCGAAUGCGCAUUCCGGCAAUUGUGAGACUAUACGGAGAAAUACGGCUUUAGAGAGUUUGUCUUUAGGCGAAAAAGCGCUGUAAGGUGUGUGGGAAGGCAGGGGACUCCGGGAAGUGCCUUGAGAGAAACUCUUUGUGCCCCAGUGUCUUUUCCCUCCGGUAUUUUGAGCGGGCUGCUGGGGAGGUGUGCUGGGGCCUGUCCACCUGUCUCAGCACUCGCGCCAUUUAAGUGCUGCUGCGCUUGACCUAAGUGUCUCGAUGAUGUGCCAUCAGCCCUGUUCUAGUGGAGCUGGGGAGAGGUCUGGUCUGAGUAGUUUCAGGGCCACCGUGGAAAGCUCUUUAGUGCAAGAUUGGGUUUUCUCUCCAUCUAUGCAUUCAUUCAUUCAUUCAUUCAUUGUUUGUUCAUUUUGAGCAGAAUGUUAAAUGCUUUCUAUGGUCCAGGCACCGUAUGGGGCUCUGAAGACAGGGGCAAGCAAAUCUAGACAUAUUCCCCAGGAAGAAGCCAUCCACACAGUGCAGGAUGACACAGGGCCAGUGACAAGACAAACUGCCCCCUCCUGCCUCAAGGGAAAACUGUCAGUCGUCAUGUUGUGGGUAGGAGCGGGGGUCACACCCCUGGGGUUUGCAGGAUGCUAUGAGAUGCUACCUCAAGGAGGAAGGUGGGUCUAGGUGCCCCCAAGGUUUCUACCCAGGUGGCUUCUCUAUAAUUUCCUGGGAGCCACAGUGAAACAAACAAAGCCCCUUAGAGCGGGCAAUCUGGAAAAUCCCCAGGCAAUGCAUGAAUUUCCUGCACAAAAAGCUUCAGGAGUAUGUGAGUAUCUGAAUGAGCCCAUGGGUUUUCCUGGCUGGUUGCCACUGCUGUGUAGCACUCAGUGGCUAUGUCCAUCUGUGAGGCCAGGGUUUUGUGAAAUGGGAGCUGCCUUUUCCCCGCCGUGCGACAUGCGCUGGGAGGCGAGAAGAGGUGAUGGCGUGAGGGAGAGAAGUUCCGACCUCACCCGUAGGUAGAAGCAGUGCUCGCUUGGUGCUUAUGGUCAGUUAUUCAAGAGCAGCAACAACAAAGAAAAUGAGCCGAGACAUCCAAGAAGCACAUCUCAGGACCAAAUAUCUUACUGGUAACACCUGUAUUUGAAGGAACCGUAGUUUGCGCCUUUUCGGACAUUUUUAUAAAGUACUGUAAUUCUUGCAUUGAGGGGCUGUGGAUGGAGGACCGACUAACUCGUUUUGUCAUUUGCAUUAAAAUUCCUUUGGGUCUCUGUUCCAAUGAGUUUGGAGAAUGCUUGGUUUGUGGCUCUGUGCGAAUGUGUGUACUGAUACCCGAACACAGGACAAUCGGACGCUUGCCCGCUCCCGCACACUCUCGGCUCCAGGUUGUGCGCCUGUGUGCAUGUAAUCGACAGGCUGCGGUCCCAGGAUGCUCUGUAUUAAUUGAUGAUGAAGAAACCCAGACCCCCAAGCCUGUAUGUAAACACACUAAACACAGAAGCUUAGAUAGAAGCAUCGUUUCAAAUCUGCCUGGAUGGGGAAUGACUAAACUUGCUAAUAGUUGAACCGUUACUUACAAUAAAUACAGCAAAUUGGACAGUUUUGUGUACUGGGGGGCAGUGGUGAUGGGAGACGCUUGGGGAAGGCCGAGAGGUUAAGUUUGAAUCUUGGUUUGGGGACAAAGGUGAUGUUAGGGGAGUUAGAGGCUUUCUACUUGAUGUGUCUUUAAAAUAGUCCAUUUUCUAUGUUUUGUAUAAUCUGAGACUGUACAUGAAAAAUAAAGUUUAAAACCAAAUUGCCCGGAGCGACAGACUCUAAUGUUCCCAUCAUCUAGGGUAAAAUGCUACUAUUUUGAGUGGCAGUGGGUCACGUGAUUUCUCAUCAAGGUGACAAUGGGCCAUUUUUCCAGGGAGCCGUUGAGCUCUCGUAAUUCAUGGGACAGUCCCCAGCUCCUUCUGCUUCUUUAAAGGGGCCGGCUUCCUGGGUGAAUGACCUGCGGUUGCCAAGGGCCCCACGCUUGGUUAAUGAUCUGCCAGCACCGUCUUAAAAUCCUUAAUGCUAUUCGAACAAACAGCCCACGUUUUCAUUUUGCAAUGGUCCCUGCAAAUUAUGUAGCUGGGCUUGUUCUUCUGUUUGGUUUAAUAAAGACUUCCUUUAAAGUUUGGGGUGAUGGUGGAAAUAAGGCUAUCUUUACAGCACACCACUAAAAAAAAAUUCAGCCAGAAUGAGACAGAGAUUUUUCAUUUCUACGUAAGGAAUGCCAAAAGUAGUAAAAGCUAUCCAUCUGGGGAACACACAGUUCCUUCUUUCCAUACAGGGGUUGCAAACUCAAACCUCCAGGGGCUGCCGUCCAUAUUCUUUGUGUCUCUAGGUUUUUUUUGUGUUUCGUCCAUGCGGCAGGUGGAUGGUGUGACCCCGGAGCCCUCAGUUUUAUAUUUCUUCCAUUCAGGAAAUUCACCUCUCGUUCAGUCAGUCACUCACCGAAUAUGAUUUAUCCUGGAGAAUGUUGUGUGUGUGCUCGAAAAGAAUAUGUAUUCUCUUGCUGUUGGCUGGAAUGUUCUGUAUCUGUCAGGUCCAUUUGAUCUAAAGCACAGUUCAAGUUCUGUGUUUUCGUAGUGAUUUUCUGUCUGGAUGGUCCGUCCAUUGUUGAGAGUGGAGUGUGGUAGUCUUACUGUUAUUGCAUUGCUGGCUAUUUCUACCUUCGUAUCUGUGAAUAUUUGCUUUAUAUAUUUAGGGGCUCCGAUAUUGGGUACAUAAAUAUUUAUCAUGAUAAAGGAGCCAAUUCAUCAUGAGGAUAUUGUAAAUGUUUAUUCACCAAAUAUUCAUGUACAAAUUAUGGCGUAAGCAUUGUGCUGGGUGUCAGGUACAUCACAAUAAACUUAGUCCCUGCCCUCA